GCAUGUUCUCACUUCUGCAGGCUCCUGCCUGUGUCUUUAAGGAGGGCUCUCCCAGCCCUGUGCUGGAGGAGGAGUUGCGGUGACGCCGCUUUGGCACCGCGGAGCGCAGCCGAUCAGCGCUGAUCACCUGCAGUUGCAAGCUGGAGGAAUCGGAACAGACUUGAACAGCAGAGCGCAAGAGAGGGGAGCUAUUUAAUUGCAAACGGAUCACAGUGCGGGACUCCCCAACGAGAUAUACUAGCGGAAUAAAGCAUCUUUGAAUCCCAGCUGACGCUGCGAACGUGCAAAAUGAAAUUUGGCUUUGUUACGAUUUUGAUGAGCGCCUUAUUAUUUGGCACAUCAUGGGGAAAUUAUGGAGCUCUUACAACUAAACCACCCUGCCGGUCUGGAUUUUCCGAAAGUUUUUUAUUCAGUGUUGGUUUCAAGGGAUAUAUUGGAAGGUCAGAGCAUUCUUAAAGGCUCAACAGUUUCUUCAGGAUAUGUGAAAUUUAAUGACUGCCAAGAAAACAAGGCUGUCGGUUAUGAAAGCAGCGACCCAGACUUCAAGGUGCGGAUGGAUGGCUCAAUCUAUGCUGUACGUGAGAUGCCACGCCUGUCAGAAGCAGUUCAGUUUACCGUGACGGCCCGUGGAACCACAGACCCGCAGACUUGGGAAACGACAGUCAGGCUGUCCAUGGAGGGCCAGGAUGUCACCCUGCCUGUUGAACACAAGUCUACCAGCAUGGAGGAUGAAACUUCACCCACAGAAUCAGACCUGCAGACAGAAAACACAUUGCUCCCUUGGAAACAGCACCCACGUUCCAGUGGAUUGAAGCGACAGAAACGGGACUGGGUCAUCCCGCCAGUCAACGUGCCAGAGAACUCCAGAGGGCCAUUUCCCCAAAUGCUUGUCAGAAUACGAUCGGAUAAAGACAAAGCCAUUCAACUCAGGUACAGCAUCACUGGUGUGGGCGCAGACCAGCCACCAGUGGAAAUCUUCAGCAUUGAUCCAGUUGCUGGCAAGAUGUAUGUGACUAAGCCAUUAGAUCGUGAAGAAAGGGCUUCGUAUCAUCUCAGAGCUCACGCUGUGGACAUGAAUGGCAACAAAGUGGAGAAUCCAAUCGACCUAUACAUCUAUGUGAUAGAUAUGAAUGACAAUAGGCCGGAGUUCCUUAAUCAGGUUUACAAUGGAUCGGUGGAUGAAGGCUCAAAGCCAGGCUCCAGUGUGAUGAAGGUGACAGCAAAUGAUGCAGAUGAUGACACUACCCCUAAUGGCAUGGUGCGUUACAGAAUACUCUCCCAGUCACCCCACAGCCCAAUUCCUAACAUGUUCACAAUCAACAGCGAGACUGGGGACAUUGUGACAGUUGCAGCCGGGCUGGACAGAGAGAAAGUUUCACAAUAUACCGUCAUCAUCCAGGCCACAGAUAUGGAGGGCAAUCUGAACUUUGGUCUUUCCAACACUGCCACAGCCAUUAUAACUGUCACAGAUGUUAAUGACAAUCCACCUGAACUGACAGCCAGUACAUUUUCAGGGGAAGUUCCAGAAAACAAAGUAAACAUUGUGGUCGCCAAUCUGACCGUAGUUGACAGGGAUCAGCCACAAACUGCCAACUGGUAUGCUGUUUAUCGGAUAGUGGGCGGAGAUCCCAGUGGACAUUUUACCAUCCGGACUGACCCAGCAACAAAUAAUGGCAUGGUCACAGUUGUAAAGCCUGUUGACUUUGAAAUGAAUAGAGCCUUCAUGCUAACAGUGAUCGUCUCAAACCAGGCUCAGCUGGCCAAUGGCAUCCAAUCUUCUUUCCAGUCAACGGCAGGCGUCACCAUUUCAGUGAUGGAUUCCAAUGAAGCUCCACAAUUUCCUACAAACCCCAGGCUGAUCCGUUUUGAAGAAGGUGUACCUGCAGGGACAGCUCUGACCACUUUCUCUGCUGCAGACCCUGACCGAUUCAUGCCACAGACAAUCAGGUAUUCGAAACUCUCAGAUCCUGCCAACUGGCUAAAAAUUAAUGCAACCAGCGGCCAGAUCACCACCAUGGCAGUUCUGGAUAGAGAGUCAAGCUUCAUUAAAAAUAACAUUUAUGAGGCCACAUUCCUAGCUGUUGACAAUGGAUCUCCUCCUGCAAGUGGAACAGGCACACUCCAAAUUUACCUGAUAGACAUAAAUGACAAUCCACCAGAGCUGCUACCGAAGGAGGCCCAGAUCUGUGAGAACCCAAACGCUAAUGCCAUCAACAUUACUGCAGCAGACGCUGACACCGACCCCAAUGUUGGCCCUUUUAUUUUUGAGCUGCCUUCGUAUCCUUCUGGAGUUCAGCGCAACUGGACUAUCACUCGGCUUACUGGUGACUAUGCACAGCUGAAGUUGAGUCAGCGCAUUAUGCAUCUUGAAUCUGGGGUAUAUGAUGUUCCCAUUAUAAUCACAGACUCAGGGAAUCCCCCUCUGUCAAACACAACUGUGAUCAAAGUCAAGGUUUGUCCUUGUGAUGAGAACAGAGACUGUAUGACAAUUGGAGCUGUAGCUGCUGCUGGACUUGGUACUGGAGCCAUCAUUGCAAUUCUCAUCUGCAUCAUCAUCCUGCUCACCAUGGUGCUCCUGUUUGUCCUGUGGAUGAAACGACGGGAGAAGGAGAGACAAACCAAACAACUGCUCAUUGAUCCCGAGGACGAUGUCCGAGACAACAUUCUGAAGUAUGAUGAAGAAGGUGGUGGCGAGGAAGAUCAGGACUACGACCUGAGUCAACUACAGCAGCCUGAAUCACUGGAUCACAUCAUUACUAAGCCUUCUGGGAUCAGGCGAGUGGAUGAAAGGCCUGUGGGAGCAGAACCACAAUAUCCAAGCCGACCGGUUAUCCCUCACCCUGGGGAUAUAGGCGAUUUCAUCAAUGAGGGUCUCCGAGCUGCUGACAACGAUCCGACUGCACCCCCUUACGACUCGCUCCUUGUGUUUGAUUAUGAGGGCAGCGGCUCCACAGCCGGCUCAGUCAGCUCACUCAACUCCUCCAGCACUGGCGACCAGGACUACGAUUAUCUUAAUGACUGGGGGCCGCGUUUCAAGAAGCUGGCCGACAUGUACGGUGGAGGCGAAGAAGAGUAAACAACUUUGAGAGCCAAGAUGAAAAUGGCGGUUUAUUGUUUUAAAAACAAAAUUUAAAAAAAAGGAGAAAACAGCGAAAAGAAAAAAACACCACCACCACCACAAGCGUGAGACUGUACAAAGAGGCAGCUUUUUAAUGAACACCCCCUGCUGACUGAAAAAAAAUUGUUUUACUUUUUUAGUGGCAAGUUAGUUUUCUUUUUUUUCUUUUUUCAGUUUUCUUUCUUUUUUUUCCACUCUGUUAGAGCAGAAGCUGUCUAUUAGCAUGAAUGAACGCUUGCUGUCUUUGCUGCAUUACUUGGUUCUGAAGCGGUCAGCAGGGAAGCAGUUUGUUUUGCUCAAAAACCUUUGCUUUAUCACUAAAGAGAGCAAAAGGCACUCUUUCUUAACUUGAAUUCCUUAGAACAGAAGCACUGUUGUUAAAAAGUGCCUUUUUGGUGCGUUGUAUUGGAUUCUGCUAACUCAGGAUUGAACGCCAUUUGAACCGUUUGGGCGCUAGACCCUCUCCCCCUUCAUUUAGAUACCAUGAUAAUGAAAAAGAGCCACCUCCUUGGGUUGGUAUUGUUAUCAAAAAUGCUUUGAUUGGUUCUGCUAACACAACAAAUUGGUAUUACUUCUGGGAUUGCAAGUAUCCAUUGAAAAAACUAUGUGAGUAACUUGUUAAUACAAUGAUUUCUGUUGAAAAAAGGAAUUAUAAUCAUAUGUUUACAAAGUGUUACACUGUAUGAGUAGUGUUCUAAUAACAAAUUAAGAAAAAUAUUUUGCCAGCUUGUUUUCAUCUAUAGGCCCUUUCUUAAAAUAAGAUGAACUCUUUAUAGAUUAGUUAUUAGGCAUAUGUAAUAUGUCUUAUGCAACCCCUUUGGUAUAGUGUCACCAAGAUUUUGGUUCAUAUUGUUAACAAAGAAUAUCUGCUAUUGUUCUAAACAAACAAAAAUCCCUUACCUGGCAUUAUUAGCAGAGGUUGGGUGGUGUUGUUAGCACAGAGUUUGUCUUCAUUUAGCAAAGGGAGUGUGGCGGGUAUUGUUAGAAUUGAAUUUGGCUGUCAAGGAAAGCCUGACAUUGUUGACAAAUGAAGCUUGGCUGGAAAAGUUACCUGAAGUGUGGCCAGUAUUUAAAAAACAAAAGAAAAAGAAAACAAAAGCCUAAAAACAGACAUGGUUUUUAAACAAUAAGUCGAGCAGUGUUUGAUGGUACUGCUCCUAUAGUUUUUUUUCUUUUCAAAUGUUAUGAAUGCCUUUUAAUGUAGGGUAGUGAAUACUCUGUAAAGUAAAAAACAAACAUAAAAAAAAAGCUCAGUGCAACUGAAAACAGCCAUCGUUCACUCCCGACUUAACAGGCAUUUUCAUUCCAGAUUGUACUUUGAACUUUUUGGGGGGAAGUGUGGACUGGCGCUGGAAAACAGAAACACGACAAUUGUUCUCCCCAGUUAGUGAUCUUCUCCACCGGUUAAGAGAUUCAUAGCUGAUUAGUGGUCUGUAGCCUACAUAUUUUAAGUCUGAGUCAAAAGCACAUAAAAUUCAUUGAAUCUUUUAUGAUUGUUCGAUCUUCUUUUUUUUUUUGUGUUAACACUGUUGGCAGGUUUCAAACCCCUCACGCACAUACAGUACACACGCACACCAGAUUAAAAAAGUUAAAGGAGUGACUGCUAGCUAAAUGAUGAGAUCGAAAGGGUCAAGAGCACCUAAACUGUUGUUUUGCCAACCUUUUAAGAUGUUUCCUUUCAGUUCAUUUUGCUGCCGUUCCUUUUCGAGAUCUUCAGUGCUGACUCCUUUGUGUUCUGCUUUGGAAGCCAUCAUCAAAGCAUGGCAAAGAAAGAAACUUGAAAAGUUUCAGGCAAAGGUGCUUAUUUGUUUUAUUCUUUUUGGUCAUUUUUUUUUUUAUUUGACAUCCUGUGUUUCUGCAAUUUUUUUUUUUCCUAAACUAAUGUUAACAUUUAUGGGUAAAAUGAAAAUAACGGUAAUUAGUUUCAAGUUGAGCUUACGGUUUGUUUGCAUCAAGUUAAAAUGGCAUACAAGAACAGAAAAACACAAUGCAUGACAUUAAUACUGUAACAGGUCUUAUUGUGCCAUAUGACUGCACCUAAAGGGAUGGACACUUGCACACAUAUCCUUCAGUUACAGUCACAAGCAUUUUCGUUCUACACAUAAAACAGCAAUUUAUUUCUUAUUGUAUGUAAGGGAGUAAAUUAUAAUCUAAAUGGAAAUCUGAGCGAAUCUGAUUUUCCUACCUCUUUGAAAAUAUAUAAUUGAUUAGAAACAAAAAAACACAAAGAGAUGACCAUUUUUAUUAUUCUGCAUAAUAGAAAUCCCUUCAGAAAACAAAUUGUCUCAAGCAGCACUGAAGGUAUACAAAGGAGUGAAUAAAAGAUAAGUAUUGGAAGAGAGUGGCCGAAUUAGCUGACUAGGGAACUGUUGUAGGGGAUCAAAAGGGAUUAGUAAAACAUAUGAAGGAGAAUGGGAAAUGGACAAAGAGUUGCAAAAAUUGAGUAUGGAGGCACAAUAAAAAAAUGUGAAAAUAUUAAUCAAAUAGUGGAAGUCAAGACAGGGGAACAACCCGAAAAAUAUCCAUCCAUUUUCAGAACACACUUAUUGUCUCCAUAUAAUCAGAUUAAAAGGUAGGAAGCAGCCCUCAAUUAGGCACCAGUCCAUCUCAGGACACACUCAGACACAUUCACCCACUAACACAAACAGUUACCACUCAAUCUAACCUGAGCUCAAAAUGCAGCCAGAGAGAACAAAUUUGGACAAUGCGUAAAUUCUAUACGUUAAAUGACCUGGUGGCACUGUCCUGGCACUACUCAGAAAUUACUCUGAUGCAAUUGUACCUAAAGCCAGAGGGCUAUGGAACAUAAAUGGAGCUAUGGAGGAACCAAGGUACAAAAAAAUUGUUCAGUAUUAAAAAAGGAAGUAAUAGAAAAUAUGGGAAAGUAUGAAUACAAUUUGGUACAGUGGGGUGGAAAUACUAGAAGAGGAAUGAAAAUAUUUUUAGGCAGAGAAAUACAUUAAAAAGAUGAAAGUGGUAGAGCACAUGAGUGAUAAAAAAAUGAGAACUAAGAGAAGGCUUAUUGACAGCCUUGUUGGAAUAGUGAAGAGGAGGCUUGUGGGACAGUUGAAUUAGAAAAAUGGGUGUGCACAAGGAUCAUUUUUGUAUUUUUGGGGAUUUUAAAGUACACUCGACAGAAACAUCACAACACACACAGAAACAAUACAAAUGAAGAUUCUGUAGGCACAUCUGACAGGAAGGAGUGACAUCCGUUCACUCCGGGUACUUGUUUCACACCUUUACUAGUGUGUGUUUUAGGACCUGCCUAUCACUUUGCAGUUUGCUUCUAUGUUAAUCAUUUUUCUAGCCUAAAGCCUUGUUUUUUAAGGGUGUGGCCACUUACUCAAAACUCCAAUGUGAAGGCUCGUUGUUAAGGAGGUAUUGUGAAAUGCUGCCUGAAGUCAGGAUGCUAGAAAAUAAUUGUGGACAUCAGGGGAAGUUUUGUCUUGUUUGUGUAAAGUAUUUCCAUUAAUUCCUCCAUUGCCUCAACCUGUUAAUUUCACAAUUAGUCUUUCUGUGGACCUUUCCCAGCAGCAAUGGAUGCAAAACAGAAACUCGUCCUGGAUGAGGCAUCAGUCUAUUGUAGAGUAUGCACUCACACCCUCUCAUACAGGGCCAAUUUAAGGUCAGCAAUUCUCUCUCUGCUGUCUUCGUUGAUCCAAUAAAUCGAUUUCUCCUUUGGCUUCCAUCUUGCUCUUUUUUAUUCCACUUUCUCCUGCAACGCCCAUUUUACUAAAUUUCAUUUGUUUAUUCUUUGCACUUGCCCAUAUCCUCCCAACCUUGAUUCUUGACUUUUGCCUCCAUUAGUCCUUACUUUCACUUCCUGUUAUAUAUAUUGCUCCCAUAUAGAGCAACUGGAUGUAUAAUGGUCUUGUAUGUCUUAGGCUUUAUAUACUUUGACAUCUUGCAGUGAAAGAGGGCAUUAAUGACUUGGUGUCACUUUAGACAAGACGCAUUACCCUAAGUUCAUGUAAGUAAUGUGUCAAAUUCUAGUGAUACUUGAAUUUAUCGGCUUUAUUGAUGUCCAGUCCAUCCAUGCAGAUGAUGCCAUCUCUUUGAGGAUGUUAUAUCUGCACGGUUAAGCCUCCAUAUUGCUCCUAAGCACUUCAUGUCCAUAACCUAAUGAAUUUUUACCUGUUGCUUUUUUCUGCACUAUACAUUAGAGAUGAUCUAACUAUUGUUUCCUAAAGGGAUCCAUUUGUUGUAUACCACUUUUGUGAUUUUUCACUAUGCAUUACCUGCCCCUUACAACCUUGUGUGUACUACUCUUGUUAGCUCCCUGUUGACUUCAGUCCAGCUUCCAAGAUAUUUAAAAGAUUUCACCUACCAUACUUUUUCCCAGCUACUUCCGCUAUCACUUUCUUUGGCUUUGCACCAGCUCUUACCACCAAGACCUUUCCAUGGGCCUAUAGCACUUAAUUUCAUUUCUGCACCUUCCCUUCUAAUUCCAUUUCUGAGUCCAUUCUUAAAUGAUGUGCCAUCUGCAUACAGUAUCUUCACUCCUCACUUCAUCUUGAGCAUUCUACUGAUGUAAUCCAUAAUAAUGAUAAAUAACAGAGGGCUUAGUGAUGACCCAUAGCGUAAACCAGCUGUCAAUCUGAAAGCCUCUGUUGUCCCGUUAUGUGUUUUAAUGCUACAUCAGUAUCCAUCCACUAUCAGAUCUGUUUAAUCUUAUUCAGGGUUGUGGGGACAAACACUUAGCAUCAGGUGUAAAACGGAAACCAACUCUGGUCAGGGUGUCAGCCCAUCACAGACUGAGCUAAUUACUUCAUAAAAUCCAACUAGUUAUUGUCAAACUCAUUUAAUCCAAUAUAUAGUUCCAAAGGGUGAAUCCUACUUUAGAACUGUUGGGCACAAGGCAGGAACCAGUCCUGAAUAGAGUACCAGUAAAUUGCAUGGGUUUUCUGUUUUUAGCAAUGACAGUACCUAUAUCUUCAUUUAAUAAAAAAUAAUAAUUCUUUACAUUUAUAUAGCACCUUUCUCACUACUCAAAGUGUUUUACAUAGUGAGGUAGGAGCCUCAACCUCUAAUAUUGUGCGGAGCCACCUGGAUGAUGCAGCGGCAGCCAUUUUUGCACCAGUACACUCCUCACACCUGAGCUAUUAGGAGGUGAAGUGAUGAGAGAGAUAGCCAAUUAAAGACAAUGAUUGAGGACAAGAAUGACUAGACUGUGGUAGUCAAUUUAGCCUGGACAUUGGGAUAUACCCUACUCCUUACAAAGGAUGUCCAGGGAUCUUUUAUGACCACAGAGGUUCAAGGUUGCUUUAUUUAGUCAUAUUUACACAAAAAAACAUGUAAUAUGCCUUGCAUCUAAUAACAAGACAGAAAGAGAUUAAACAAAAUAAAAAGAGACGAGACAGGUUAAGGUAAGGCAGUUGGAUAAUGGAGUCAGGACCUUGAUUUUACGUGUCAUCUGAAGGACGGCACCAUUUUUACAGCACAGUGUCCCUGUCACAUUCAGACCUCAGGGUAAGCGUCCCCUGCUGGUCUCACCCACACCUCUUCUAGCAGCAACCUAAGCUUGUUCCGGUUGGUCUCCCAUCCAAGAACUGACCAGGCAUGAGCAUUAGCUUCAGAUGCUUGUUCUGUUGUGAAAUGCAUGUGGUAUGGCUGCUGGAUAGCAUUUAGGAAAACUUUGCUGUUUUUGUGCCAUUGUUAACAUGAACAAAUCAACAGACCUUCAGUGUUCAAAUCAAAGUGAUGAAUAUUUCCAAUAUUGUUCUGACCUGCAGUCAGUAAUCAUGCAAAUCUUUAGCUCUGGUACACAGUAAGGAAAAUGAAUACAACCUUGUUUUAUGAGUGAGGACUGAAUGAACAUUUGCAUUUUUUAUGUGAAUUUAUUCAACUUAAAACUAUCUUUAUCAAUUAAAAAUUGUACAGUUGCUGUAGCCAUUUCUCAUUGAACUGUCUGCUUUUUAUAGUGUUUACAAAUAUUUUCUGGUUUGCUUAGAUUUUAGGAAAAGGUGGAAAGUCAUUCUCCAAAGGAUCUACAAAAUACAAGAUGAUUUUGAUGUGGAAUAAUGCUAAUAUUUAACAAUAGUGUGAAUUUUCCCAAUUUGUCAGCAGUGUAGAUUUCUCAGCUUCAGCAGAAGGCUAGGGUUAGUAAGCAGCAGUGUUUGUGAUCAUGGCAUUACCAGCAAAGGUGUAGUGUAGAGCAAGUCACCAUAUCUGCCUUCUUUUUUAAUUCUUCCACAUGGAGUUUACCAAUCCAUCCAUCCAUUUUCCACCCCGCUAUAUCCUAACUACAGGGUUACGGGGGUCUGCUGGAGCUAAUCCCAGCCAACACAGGGCGCAAGGCAGGAAACAAACCCCGGGCAGGGCGCCAGCCCACCGCAGUACCAAUCCUCACUACUUUAUAUAUUUAUUUUUGU